AUGAUCGUAACCAAUAUCUUGAAUCGUCGUCCUAGUAAUUUAACUGUGAAAUUUGCGUCACGAGUUAGCAAUUGUCUUGCUUCAUCGAUAAUAGCAAUGGCAAUUAGUGUUGAGGGAUACCAUGGAGCUGCAUCGUAUGAAGCAAAGCGUUUACUACGAACUCAGACUCAACAAGUGACAGAGCUAGCGAUGGCUGACGACAGUCCGGAGCAAACCGAUAAUAACAACAACAAUGACACCCCAGAGCAGACCGAUAACAACAAUAACAGUGAUAACAACGAUGGCGAUAAGCAAUCUAAGGAAGACAAAGAUAAGUCCGAUGAUGACAAGAAUAAUGGCGAUAACAACGAUGGCGAUAAGCAAUCCAAGGACAAUAACAAUGAUGAAGAAGACAAGCAGUCCAAGGACGACAACAAUGAUGAAAAAAACAAGCAGUCCAACGACAACAACAAUCAGUCCAACAAUAACAAUAACCAGUGGAAUGGCAACAACGAGCAAUCAAACAACAACAAUAAUAACAAUAACCAAUGGAACGGCAACAACGGGCAAUCAAACAACAACAACCAGCCUAACAACAAUCAGAAUCAACAGUGGUGGAACCCCAACACCAACCAACCCAACAAUAACAAUCAGCCAAACAACAACGGCAAUAACCAAUGGUGGAACGGCAACACUGGGCAAUCAAACAACAAUAACCAGCCUAACAACAAUCAGAAUCAACAGUGGUGGAACGGCAACGCUGAUCAAUCCAAUAACAACAAUCAGUCCAACAACAAUGGCAAUGAUGAUGGCAAGGAUGAUGGCAAGGAUGACAAAAACAACAAAGACGACAGUGACAAAGAUCAGACGAAUAAAGAUAGCAAUCAGUCCGAUGACAACAGCAACAGUGACAACAAUAAAUCCGAUAACGAUAACAACCAGUCCAGCGGCAACGACAACAAAGACAAUAACCAGUCGAAUAACAACAACCAGUCCAGUGGCGACGAUAAUAAUGGUAAGGAUCAGUCGGACGACGACGCCGAAUGUGGAUCGCUCGAAAUGGCUGAGGAGCUACCUGAAUGUGGCCCCAUGGAGAUGCCCGAGGAUACUAGUGGUGACAACAACGACAAUCAGUCAAACGGUAACAACAACAAUGACAAUAAUCAGUCUGGCGGCAACGACAAUAAAGACAAUAACCAGUCGAAUAACAACAAUCAGUCCAGCGGCGACGAUAAUAAUGGUAAGGAUCAGUCGGAUGACGACGCCGACUGUGGGGAACUCGAAAUGGCUGAGGAGCUCCCCAAAGGUGGCGGUAACAACGACAACCAGUCAAACGGCAACAACAAUGACAAUAAUCAGUCUAAUAAUGAUAACAACCAGUCCAACGGCAACGACAACAAAGACAAUAACCAGUCUGGCGGCAACGACAACAAUGGUCAGUCGGACGACGACGCCGAAUGUGGAUCGCUCGAAAUGGCUGAGGAGCUCCCUGAAUGUGGCCCCAUGGAGAUGCCAGAGGAUGCUAGUGGUGGCAAGAACGAUAAACAAGAUGACAAUAAUUCCGACAAUAAGGAAGACUCAGAGUGUGGCUCGCUUGAAAUGGCUGAGAUUGGCAAAGAGGCAGAUGACAGUAAUUUCUCGCUAUCCCCUCAAACGGAAUCCGAGGAUUACAAAGGUUCCAAGUCAAAUAUUGACUUCGAUACAGUCCCAGGCAAAAUGGAAGUCGGAACUGUGGCGCCACACUAG